AUGAACGCCAUCAAGAAACGCCUGCAGACGCUGAAGAUCGAGAAAGAUCUGGCGAUGGACAAGGCCGACAUGUGCGAUCAACAGGCGAAGGAGGCGAAUCGACGAGAGGAAAAGCUGAGGGACGAGGUCCGAGAGUUGGCAAAGAAACUGGCACAGAUGGAGCGCGACUUGCAGCUGAGCAAAGCCCAGUUGGAGAAGUCGAUCAGAGACCUCGAGCAAAAAGAGAGCGUCUAUAUCGUGACUCAGUCGGAGCUGGCGAUUUUGAACAGAAAGAUGCAGCAGUGCGUUCAGAACCUGGAAAAAUCCGAAGAACGUCGUCUGACGGCGCAGACGAAGUUGGCGCAGGCGAUGGAAACCGCGGAGGAUGCGAAACGUAUUUGUAAAGUGUUGGAGAACAGAAGCAAGCAAGAUGAAGAGAGGAUGGACCAAUUGAUGGCACAGUUGAAAGAGGCGAGGCUCAUCGCUGAAGACGCCGAUUCAAAAUCGGACGAGAUCUCUCGAAAAUUGGCCUUCGUUGAAGACGAAUUGGAAGCCGCCGAGGAAAGAGUAAAAUCGAGCGAGGCAAAGAUUAUGGAACGAGAGGACGAGUUGUUCAUCGUUGGUAACAUAUUGAAGUCGUUGGAAGUAUCAGAAGAAAAGGCCAAUCAAAGGGUGGAGGAAUUCAAAUCGCAGUUAAAAGAGUUGAAAGCAAGACUGAAAACCGCCGAGAAGAGAGCCAUCAUCGCAGAAAAGAUGGUCAAAGUAUUCUCAAAAGAGCUGGAUGCAAGAGAAGGUAUAUUUAAAGAUUUUCCAUUUUCUUUAUACCUUUUAUGGAUGCAUACACUUCAUUUUCUUGCUCUUCAGACUUCCUCUUCAGAGAAAAAGAGAAGUACAAGUACAUCUGCGACGACAUGGACUCCACGUUCGCGGAACUUACCGGAUAUUAGUCGAAUUUUUCUGAUACCGAUGUGUACAUGAAUUUUUUUUUUUUAUUAAAACUUAUAUUUAAACUAUCGUUUGGUCUUACGUCUCUGUUAAUUUGAUCUUUGUAGCCAUUUUUAUACGGUUUUUAAAAAGGUACCGUUUUUAAAAUUUUAAAAAAGGUAACAGAGGAUUUGUUAUUAGAGUAUACAGAUUUCUCUAAAAUGAACAGAAAAUUCUUAUAACUAAGCUUUUAACUCUUUACGAAGUUUACA